AUGAGGUUUUUGUUCAUCUCGACGGCAUUCAUGCUGGCAAUGGCCGAUGUGGCAGACGGUGGUGUCCACAAUAUCGGCUGGAGUGCCUGGAACGAUUGGUCAGCUUGCGAUAAAACGUGUGGUGUGGCUAUCUCACAUAGGACUAGAGAGUGUCUUGAUCGGUUAACAAUAGCCCAAUAUUUGUUAAACUCAGAUCCGGAAUUCAAUUGCGUUGGUAAGAAUCGGAUCAUAAGGAAGUGUGACUUGAUCCCUUGCUCCGGUGGGGGCGGACCACCCUCUAUAACAGAACCAACUUGGGGUGAUUGGUCAGAAUGGUCAACGGCCACAGUGACUUGUUCGUCAGACGGCAGACCCGCCUACGUAUCCCGGUCUAGGGAUUGCCUGGAUUUAGGGGACGCUGAUGCCCCAUCGUGCGAAGGAAAUGUCGUCGAGAAUAAGCCUAUCCCUCUUCCUAUUUGUUGUAUCAACGGAACGUGGGGUUCUUGGUCUCGCUGGUCCACCGCGGGGGUCACUUGCCUUGCAUCGUCAGGGGACCCGCCAGUUUACGUUACACGCACAAGGGUCUGCGACAGCCCUCCACCCUCCGGCUCUGGUUUUCCGUGUCCUGGAAGUAACAGUGAAAGCAAGCCCGCUGAGUUGCCCUUGUGUGGUGUAGACGGAUCUUGGGGAGCUUGGACUCGCUGGUCAUCCGUAUCCAUUACCUGCAAUCAAAAUGGCGAUCCAGCUACCAUCUACCGUAGUAGGGACUGCGACAAUCCGGCCCCCUCUGGGAAUGGCAUGCCCUGUCCAGGAGACGCCAUGGAGAGCAGGCAGUACCCUCUUCCGAAAUGCCCGGUGAACGGCGUAUGGAGCUCUUGGUCAAGAUGGUCAUCCACGGCCGUUAGUUGCACCCCAAACGGAGAUUCGGUGACCGUAUCUCGAAUUAGAUCGUGCGACAGUCCGGCACCAUCGGCUGGCGGCAUGCCCUGUACCGGUAGUAAUACCGACACGAAACCGGUCGAAACUCCGGUUUGCCCCGUCAACGGUGGCUGGAGCGUGUGGACGCAGUGGUCGUCGGUGGCGAUUACGUGCACGAUGACAGGGAACCAGGAGACGGUCACACGGACCAGGCAAUGCAACAAUCCCACUCCCGUCGCUGACGGAAUGCCAUGUUCCGGAAGCAGCACGGACAGCAAACAAACUUCCCUGCCGAGAUGUUGUACGUGUCUUUCAUACACGAUUAUCUAA